ACUGGCGAGUAAACACGCGGGAUAGACACUACUCUAGUAUAUUGUGAAGAUGAACCAUUUUUGUGUGGAAAAUGUUAUUCAGUCAGUACGCCACUAAUAAUAUAUAAUUUGGAUUAUAUUUCUGACAAUAAAGUGGUUUUAGUGAGUAACGUUCAGUUCGGUUGUUCAAGAUGGCACGCGUCGUGCUAGCUCUUGUAUUUAUCAUCACUGUCGUCUCGGCAAAAAAGGAUCAAACGAGGUGGUCUCGACAGAUCAGCACUUACACAUCAGAUAUCAGUGAUUGGGUUCCUCUCCAAGGGCCUGAAUUAUCCCAAUUCAAAAGACAAGCAGUCGCCGAGCCCAGAGUAUUGAGUGAACCGUUCGUAGGAUUUACAAGACCGACUGGAUUUAGUGCUGAAGACUUCCAGUCGAGAGCUUUUUAUACCGCUCCAGUAAACCGUCAUCUUUAUGUUCAAUCUAUACCUUCGGCGUCCCAAAACUAUCUUUCAGAACAAGGGUUUAAUCAAGGAAUGAGAUUAGGACUAACUCAACCUAAUUACCCGCUCAGCCAGGGUUUUAUAGCGCCCCAGUUUAGUUUCGACGGAAUUCCACAAUUUAAAGCGAGACCUCAAAUUGUUUCUAAUCCGAUCAAAUUUGAUAAUUCUCCCAAAGUCAAGGUACCUGCGCCGAAUCCUGUGAAACAAUUUGCGAUUCAGUCACCCAAUUUAAAAUCAGAAGCACCAAAAUUCGUAGACGGAUACCGCUUAGAAAACAACAGUUCUAAUUAUCUAUGGAAAAAGCCACAAUCAUUACAAAAAAUUAAAUUCGAAACAGAUAAAUCCAAAGAAGUUCUUGGCUCUGCUAAAAACAAUUUAGAAAGAGAAGAGGUUCAAUUACUUUAUGUUCCACUCGAAUCCUUAAACAGGGGUCAAUUCAACUUUAGGAGUCCUCUAACGUCACCACAGAUUUUGAAUACCGAACUUUACAAUCAACAUACUAGAACAAAUACUGCAUCACAGAAUAUUGGAUCAGAACUACAGAGUUCAAUAAUGAAACAGUUGGAAAAUUUUAAUUCUCAAGAGUACAUGAACAAUUACAACAACCCGAUUCAGGAAAUAGAUCCUAUUGCCAGAUUUUCGACAACCACGACACCAUCCCCUAGCACGUCGCCUACAACUCCUAAACCGAAAAAAUUAAAACCUCAUCAACCGCCUCUUGCAAUCUUUUUGACUCUAAGUGGAAAACAAGAUGACAAAAUAAAAGUUGGGGACGUUUUGUAUUCUUUGAAAAACGCUGAUACUGUUGCGGUGUUAGAUUCAGUGAAUCCUUUAAAUGCGCCCUCGGUUUUCAUUGGACCAGCUUCGUUGACACCCCCAGAACAUUUUGUCAAGUUUGAAUUGCCUUAUUUGUCUAACAUAGAAAAUAGCGAUAAAAAACUAAGACAACUACCAUUCUUCGUGGCACCUUUAAGUUACAAUACGCCUCAAGGAUUUGCUAAAAUUCCAUUCCCAGCCCCACACGUGGGAUCUGUUGUUAUAAAUUCUCAAAUGAAGGAAACUUCAAGCAAGGGCAUACCAACACCCGAAGUUUAUACAAAUUCCUUUUCGAGGCCAACAAUUUACAGACAAGAGCAAAAACCAGCAACUCAAAAGCCUGUUAUAAGCUACUACUCUACAUCAACACCAAGUGUAAAUUCUCCAAACUAUGAACAAAAUUAUUAUUCAAUUGAACCACAAUCAGUUAAUUCAUUACCAACGCCCAAGGAACCAGAACCUAAAUUCGUCACUCAGCAACCGGCCCCAAUAAAAACUGGAUCAUAUUUCUUAAACAACGUUGGAAAUCAACAGCCCUAUAAUCAAUACAACCAGCAACAAUAUGUCAACUUCCCUCAAGAAAGUAAUUUUAAAACGCCGGAGCCUCCGAGGACAGUUCGUGUGUAUAAAACUGAAUCAGUUACCAGCCCACGAACAACAGUGUCGACGACUACACAAACGCCAACCUACUCCAGUCAACUCUUAGAGACACAUAAUCCAUAUUCGAUCAACCAGGCCUUCAGCUUAAGCACACCGCUAGAUUACCAUAACUUCUUUGAUGAAUACAAAGAGACUUAUGCAACUACUUCGCCUGACCAAUCACCUCCAGCUUCUCAAAUACCAGAAAAUGUUGAACCAGCUAGUGGUAGUCCCAAAACACCUGAACAGCAAAUUCUUAACGAAGAAUCACAUCAAUCGUCACCGUCACCGGUACAAGGACACCAGCAAAUGAGUUUCUAUGCUCCUGAAAUUCAUAAUUUGCCUGAAAAUCAUAAUCUACGGUACCCUGUAUUUAAUACGAAUUAUUAUUCUACUAAAACUGAGACACCUCCUGAAACCAGUUAUACCAAUGCCGCGGAACAAUCAAAUGGAAAUACCCAAGAGAUUAAUAACUUCCAGACAAAUAAAGAAUAUAGUAACCAAUUUGAGUCCGAAUCGCCUCCGUCUGGUAAUUAUUCUUACACAUCUUCAACCAACGGAGAAAGUUUACCAGAAGAGAUACAGACUCAGAAAGUUGCUCCUUCAUAUAAUCAAUAUGAUAUUAAUAAUGACUCCCAUGAAACAAUCAGCUUAGAUAGUAGCAGAACCAGCACCACUUCCAGUACGACUACAACAAGAAGGACAACUCUCAGAUCCAGAAACCGUCCACGAUACUCUUCACCUAAACCAGACUACAACGAUUAUUCAACUCGAUCGACGAUCACCCGAAGACCACUAAGAGAAAGAAAACCGCUACCCUCGAGACCUCGAUACGAACCAAAUAAAAUAACGACAGAAAGACAAACUAGAAAACCAAUUGAUCCCAUUGAAAGUACAACAAAAUCAUCGAGAUCUAGAACCAGGGGAAGAAUACAAUUCAAACCUUCUGAUUCGGAUGAAAUAUUUACAAAACGAAAUAAACAAGGAAGUACAGAACAAGAUUUGGCUUAUCAAAGAGAUGUAUUGCAUCAAAAUUACCCCGUAACAUUAAUGGAACGUACGAGCACGACAGACAUUGAAGCCAUUACUGAACCCACAUAUACAGCCAACAUUCCCAACAACCAACAAAAUCAUAAGAUAGAGGAUACAGCAGAUGCUUACAGUAGUGACAAAAUCUCUAUAACAGAUAAUGUCAACGAGGAAUUAAAAGACCCUGUUCCUCAAUACACUACUGCCGAAGAUUCACAAACUGGAGCUUCGUAUGUACCCAAAACACCCAACCGCGAAGAAGACUUUUCCUAUCAACAUAAAACCAGUGAAUUUCCACAAGAAGCUGCUUCACCAUUGGAAGAAGGAAACCAAGAAGAAGCAUCCCCACAAAAAUACACAGAACAUAAUCCGCAACAAGACGAUAACUUUGGAGCGACAAACCCAAUUACAUCAGUUACAGAACAAAACGUUCAAAAUGAGAAUCAGGAAUCAGAGAACCAGACUGAAAAAUCAGAAGAAUUUAUAACCCAAAAUGAAAAUGAAGAAAAUACAAAAAGCCAUAAUCAUGAAUUAAACCCAGAACAAGAGCAGGAAGAAAAUAUUAUUGAGACAACACCAUCAUAUAACAGAGUAAGAAUACGUCCAGGAGUAGUACGAAAAUAUCACCAAGGACUAUCAGAAUCUUCAAAAAAUAACGUCGACAGGAGAAAACCGCAACAAGCUAUAACAUACCGACCAGCAUUUGAUAGACGCCGAACUACAAUGAGAAUUGAAGAAAUCGAAGCUGAUCUAAAAACAAAACAAAUUCAUUCCCGACCCGGCUUCCAAGAUUACAGACAACCUGUGUAUAAGCCUGAACCAUCAACUGAACUAAGCUCUACAUCUACUACUGAGGCUACAAAACGAGGUAAUUUUAAGCGUCGUCGGCCGAGUUACGUGACCACUUCUACAGAGAGUAUCAUUUCAAGAAGACCUUAUGAAGCGAAAAAUCGGUUUAGAGGUAGAAGACCGACUGAGAAACCCACAGAAAAACCAGACACGCAAAGUGAUCUACCAACGACUACUGUUAAAAAUAAUAUAUACAAUAGGUAUAGCAGCAGGUCAAGGUUCUCAGAAAGAUACAACAAAAACACGGAGGAACCAACGGCUGAAGACCAAGACUCCAAUUAUUCGAUAACUAUACCGAGAUAUGUCGAAGCUAAUACUAACGAAGAUUCAAAUCGUUGGUCACCGAAGAUCUCGCAGGAUUCUUUCAAACCGUUCAAUCCAAAUAACAUAGCAGAUGAAACAAAAAUUGCUACAGAAAAGUCCAAAGAUGAAGAACUAGAUAUAAUAACGGCAAAAAAUGAAUAUGAAGAUAUACUCAUUUCGGUGACUCCAGCGACAAAUAAUAGACUUAAUAAAAAGUUACCCGACAUUCCUCCAACACUCGAAGCUUUCGUCGAACAAAGCAAAAUAUCUAAAAGCGACUCUAGUGAAGCAGCAUCCACCUUUGAAACAAUGUUAGAAGAGGUGAUGAAGAGUUUAGAAGAACAAGACGAAAACGAGUACACGAAUAAAGUAAUGAAACACAAGGGCGGAGAAAUAGGGGAAAUACCUCCUGAAAUAAUAAUAUCAUCAGGAGAAAACUAUUCCAUUAAAACAACGACACCCUCACCAGAAGAAACAACCAGUUCACUACAAGAUACUUCCGCUAGUAAUAAUGAGAACCUAGAUGGACGGAAAAGUCGUCGUCGUGGAUUCUGGAAGAAGGUCAAAGUUCGUCCUGUGUCAGAGAGUAUUGAUGUAGCCGAAUCACAAUACUAUUCAAAGAUUGUGAACCAUUUAGGCCAAACAGUCUCCAAAGAACCUUUGGAAAAGAAUGGAAAAGGAAAAACUAAAGUGGUGGUGACGACUUACAAACCUAGUUAUGAAUUCUUAAAAGACUUCUUUGAAUCGGAGGAGGAUCACGACAAUAUACCUGACAUUGAGAUAACCAAAAUAAUUGAAAAUAAUACCGAGAAAAUUAAGAACGUUACUACCAAGACUGAUUUUAUUGAAAGAACGACAGAAAGAAUGAAUCCUGGUGAAAUAGAUUUAGGCACCGGCGCCCCAGAUCGUACUUUUGCCGACAGCUCAGUUUACACAGAGGCCACAGAACCCACUACAAAAUCGAUAAACCGCUCAGACGGAUUCAACUUUAUGAACUAUCUCUUCGGUACAACAUCUUCGGACGAGGAAUCCAAUAACAAUUCAAAGAUAAAAAAUGAAGAUGUCAAGACCACUAUCCAAAUGCAAAGUGACACGGAAACGGAAGUUGCUAAAAUAAAAACUACAACUGAGAAUGUUUAUAUGCCGGAUGAAUUCACAGCCGACUCAACACGCAACGGCGACGCGGUGUUUGUGACGGAAAAAUUACCUUAUGAAAUAGAUCUCAAAGUUACGGAGAGAGAUUUAGAACAACCAGAAAGUUCAUCGCAAUCUAGUUUCAUGAACCCCGCUAACGUCCUCAGUACCUCAAUGUCCACAGAAAUAUCCCACGAGACGGAGAUAUGUUUUAGAGGGAAAUGUAUAAAAACCAAUAAAAAUGUGCUAUUAUAAAACAAGGUGCUACUCGUGUUCAAAAACAAUAGCUUCCUAGGCAGUAAGAGACUAUUUUGACAGUGACACUUCAUUUGUAGGACUUAAUUCUUAGCAUUAUCUUUAAUUAAUUAACAAAUAUUAAAUUUUGUAUAUAAAUAUUUUUGGAUUCACUUUAAUUCACUUCUAUAUAUGUUUAGAUUAAUGGAAGAUAAAUUGACCAGUGAAGUAAAAUUAUUAUUAAACAUUACGACAUUAUAAGGAAUAAUAGAUUUUUUUAUACUUUUGUAUAACGUAUUGACUGAAAAACGUAUUUAAUCAAUAUAUUAGGAAACUUUAUUUAUCUUCUAUUUAUUAUAAUAUUUUAUUAUAAGGGCAUUGAAUUAAGAUUUAUUGUAAAUAAUUCAACUGCUUGCUGUUAAAGAAAUAUAAAAACUUUUUUAUAGAAUUGAGAUCAAAUCCUGUAAUAGUUCCAAAGGCAAACAGUUGAAAAAUUUGUGAAGGUUGUAUCAUUAUUUAGCAUUACCCACCCAAAGUGUUGAUAUUAUUGUAAUGUGGAUAUAUUUACCUUAAUAAACAUAAAUAAUUAUC